GAUGGAGCCCUAACACCAGCGGCGCUCGCACAUGAAAGCGAGACUUCCAGCGGGGUUUAUGAGCAACUUCACCGCCGACAGGCUGUCGGAGUGAGUGAGGAAGAGGCACGUAAAUGCACGGCAGCGCUGUGUGACGGCGGAUCGCACAAUUGUUUCUAUUUCGGAGCAGGAGCUCCUCGCGCUGCUUCGGCUACCAGCGGCGCGCGCUUUGGCGGUUGGAACAACGGCACUCUCGCUGAUGUUACAGUAAACCGUCCGCUAACUGUCACUAUAACGACCAGUUUCUCAAGAACAACGUCCUCGAGGAUGACAAGGACGCUUUCGCGGACGACGUUUACAACCGCUCUCUGACUUCCUCCGGCUUCCAGUCGACCUUAUUGUAAAAUGCGUCGCUUCUGAACCUCACAGCCUGAAAGGCUGUUGACUUCACACAUACCUAUGUUGAAGAAAGUCAGGAUUCACCUGGGAGCAACUUACCAAUUCAGGACAGAUUGAGAAAAAGAAGUCAAAAGGCUCCCACAUACUCGGGUGUACUUCACUCCAAAGAGGUCCACGCGUUCUCCAAGCAGACUCAAAGUGGGUGUCUGCCGGAUACGUCUGUGGAAAGUGGAUGUGAUCCUUAGCAGUCACAGUUGGCCAUUCAAAGGGUCAAGCCCAUGGAUCUGACUGUAACUCACAGGUUGUUACAUCCGCGUCCAGAUUCGGCCAUGCUGGCUCCACAGCCUUCGUUUUAUCUGGAACAUCUCACUGCUCAACAUUGCUCUCAGUUUUCCCAGCACCACUUGCAGUAUAACACUGAACAAAGACACAGAAAAAUGGAGGAGAAAAGAGAAGACCCACAGCAGCUGUUGCCAAAGAAUAAAAACGAACAGAGUGCUGUAGCUAGCAAACAUGUAAAGAAGAUCCUGCGUGAUCAUAUAAUCAUGAAGAACCAGCCUCAUGAUAGGGUUCCUGGCAGCCACUGCAGUACCUCUCCGGGAUACAGGCCACCCGUGCCUGACAUGUCCCUCAAGCCUCAACCUACACCCUGUGACCAGCGAAAGGACCUCGCCCUGCGAAGAACAGUAUCUGAGCCCACACUGAAGUGGAAGUUGAAGAAACUCAUCUCCACAAGGCCUAACCCGUUGCAACGGAAGAUCAGUGCUCCUCCUGAUGUCAAACAUAGGACAGAAAAUAUGGACUCUUCCCCAAGCAGAAGCAACACUUCAGCAUCAGGCUGCAGUUCACCAAACGACACCCUCAUGUCAGACAGCGUGUCCCUCCCACGGGCUCCUGAGUCGAAAAGGGUGCUGAUGAACAACGGUAAUGUAGCCCACUUUGCUCUGCCUGCCAACCACACUGCAAAGCACAACAUCACUGCUGGACUUCCUGCUCAGGCUGACUUGCGUGUAACAAAGCCAGUGGCAGCAUCGACUUUGCAGUCUGUCUACCUCCCUCUGGAGGUCCAAUCUAUGUCUCAGCGCUUGCAGCCAGUGUUCAUAUUUGAACCACACAUGGGGCUGAUGCGCCAGCAGCUUGUUCCUCUUCAUAGUUUGAGUACCAUUCCUCAGCAACAACAUCCUCACAUAUCCUCCUCACCCAGAAGAGAAGGCUUGGUUGCCUUGGGCUCACAUCGACCUGUGGAGCGAGCGCAUUCAGAGCCUCUGCCUUACAGCCACUCAGUCCUGCCCCUGCAUGCCGGCCAAUAUCCACACACCCACCAACAGCUCUCCCAGCUGUACCACAAGGCUGGAUUGGAAAGGUUUAAGCUGAGCACACAGCUGAGCAAGAUCCCGUCUGAGGACAUGGACGUGGAUGAGAGCGGAUCAGCAUCAGGUUCUGGAACAGGGUCUUUGUGCGGCUCUGAACUGGGUUCACUGUCUGAAGACGGCCAUCGCCGGAGAGAAAGUAAUGCCAGCACCGAUUCAGUUUAUGACACAGAGUCCAUCACUUCCUCUCGGGAAAGUUUGAUUGAGACAUCACACUCUCUCAGUCAGAGGCAGGUAAUCCUCAGAUCAACUUUACAGCCAGAUGCCCUGGGAGUUCCUACCUUAAUUUGGCCUCAUCAGUCUCAUCCCCCUGUGAUUCGGAGCCGCUCGCUACCACCUUCCACCUCCCUGGCGCCUACUUCACAUGUGCCCACCAUAAUACCCUCUAUGUCACUGUCCAGCCCUGCCAAAGAUGCCAAGCUACGUUUUACAACAGGUUUGGUUUAUGAUAGCCAGAUGCAGAAGCACCAGUGUAUUUGUGGAGACAACAGCCGCCACGCUGAGCAUGCUGGGAGAAUCCAGAGCAUCUGGUCUAGACUGCAAGAGAGAGGGCUUAAGAGCCAAUGUGAGUGCAUCCUCAGUAGAAAAGCCACCCGUGCAGAGCUGCUUUCCGUCCAUUCAGAAAACCAUGUGUUAAUGGACAACCAGAGACGCACUGGAUCACGUAUUUUUGUGGACCUACCAUGUGGAGGUGUGGGGGUGGACAUUGAUACAGUUUGGAAUGAGCAACACACAGCAGCUGCUUCCCAAGUAGCAGCAGGAUGUGUCAUAGACCUGGCCCUUAAGGUGGCACAGGGACAGCUGAAGAAUGGAUUUGCAGUGGUGAGACCUCCCGGACACCACGCAACUCGUUCUUCUCCUCUGGGCUUCUGCUACUUCAACUCUGUGGCCAUCGCAGCCAAGCAGCUCCAAAACAAACUCAGUGUCAGCAAGAUCCUCAUAGUAGACUGGGAUGUGCACCAUGGCAAUGGCACCCAAGAGGCCUUCUAUGAUGACCCGAGUGUUUUGUAUAUCUCUCUGCAUCGCUACGAUGAUGGAAACUUCUUUCCUGGUAGUGGAAAUCCAAAUGAGGUGGGUGUAGGAGCGGGUAAAGGCUUCAGUGUCAAUGUGGGAUGGACUGGUGGUCUGGAGCCUCCAAUGGGUGAUGCAGAGUACCUGGCUGCAUUCAGGGCUGUAGUGAUGCCUAUUGCCCACGAGUUUUCCCCGGACGUGGUCUUGGUCUCCGCCGGCUUCGAUGCUGUUGAAGGACACCAACCUUCAUUGGGAGGCUACACCGUCACAGCCAAGCUUUUUGGCUUCUUGACUCGUCAGCUGAUGUCGCUGGCAGGAGGCCGGGUCAUCCUCGCUCUGGAGGGGGGCCAUGACCUCAAAGCCAUCUGCGAUGCCUCUGAAGCCUGUGUCAGCGCCUUGCUCGGCAUGGAGGUGGAGCCUCUGUCCCAGUCGCUGUUGGACCAAAAGCCCUGUGAGAAUGCGGUGCGCUCUCUGCAGAGAGUCAUCCAGAUCCAGGGUGAGUUCUGGCAAAGUGUGAGGGAUUCAGCCACAACUGUGGAUCUGUCCUACCUCCAGGCACAGAGACACAGAUUCAGACGAGACUCGGACAGUGAAGCGGUCAAUGCCAUUGCCUCCCUGUCAAUGGGGUCCCUCACAUCAGAGAGGAAACCGCUUGAAAGAAUGUGAAGAACAUAAAAGACCCAUCUGAGGAAAGAGCGACCCAAUUAAAGCUUUCAACUCAGACUCAGUGGAAACAUGCGCACACACACACACACACACACACACACACACACUUAUAUAUACAUGCAUUUGGAUCAUCACUGGAACAUACAAACCUGCAUUACUACUGGCUGCAGCACAGCCACUGGCUCAGACACUCCCUAUGGAAGAGUCUUCAUCUCGUGCCACAUUCAUAUCCCCAAAAGAUUUUUUCCUGAAAGCAACGUUGAUCACUGAAGUAAAAAAAAACAACUUAAAAUAUGUCCAAAGACUGAAUAAUGAAGACCUGGUGCAACAGGAUGUAGCAGGAGCAGAGAUGAGAAUUUGUUACUGAUUGUGCCGAAACCUGCACAGACCACUGAGGGUUUUUUUUUUUUUUCUUUUUUUAGCAAAUGUUACGUUGGCGUGGAUUAGGACGGCAGGUGAAAGGUGAUGUUUUUUGUUUUGUUUUUCUGCACUUGACAAACAUCGAAUGAAGGAGAAGAUGGGUUUAUUCUGAUCGUCUUGCACUGUGAUCGUUCUGUGACCGGACAGGAAGCAACGUGAAGCGUGACGACAAUCAAACAUUUUCGUUUGUUCGAGUUUCUACUUCAUUUGAAUAUUCAUUUUUUUUUUUCGACAUAUGGCACACAUUUCUGUGGAUGUCAGCAUGAGAUUUUCUUAAAGAGAUCCAGAGUGAAGCUACAGUGGAAUCUGAGAUACAUAUGUUUCAUAUUGUUUUCUGUGUCCACAUAUUUUCUUAAAUCUCUUUUUUCUUUCUUUCUUUCUUUCUUCCUUGGCCUGUCAGCCGAGCACAUGCAGCAGGAGUUUAAAUAGCUGCAGUUAUAGUUAUCACCCUCUGACAGAUAAAAGAAGACACAUCAUUCUUUUAUAAAGUACAUCUUAAAUACGUAGAAAUACCAUCGUAUUGGUGCGAUUAGUCACAGUUUAGAGCUAAUACCUUAAGCAGCUGGGGUGUUGAUAUUAUGAAAGACAGAUAUGGAUUUGAACAAAGCUCCGGCUCAUUGUGAUCACUUUCUAAAGAUUGUAUACAGACGAAACCAAAGACGCCCUGUAUAAAAAGAGACAUAUUUUCUCUUCAUCUGACAUUUAACUUUUCCUGUUUCGGGUUAGUUAAUGUUCCUAAAGUUAUCUGUGUUUGUUCUUUGCCUGACUAAUGACUGAGGUCCACUUUGACCGCGUCUGGUAUUUCUUUCUUUCUUUUUUUUUUUUUUUUUUUGAAAUUCAGAAGUUUACAUACGCUGUAAACUGAGAUUGAGACGCUCUCACAUGAUUUGGGAAAGCCGAGGUGAUGACGUCACAAGCUUCUGACUGGUUAAGGCGCAGUAUGUGAGUGAAGACCUGUGGAUGUCGUGUUUGAUCGCUCAAACGCGCCGCUUCUUUGUGUGACUUCAUGGGAAAAUCAUCAGAUGGAGAACUGAGGGCAGUCCUGGUCUGGUUCAUCGUCGGGUACUGCUGGAGGGACCGGUGCGCUUCACAGAACAGACGGGAUCAUGCAGAGAGAUGAUCACGUCGAAAUAUUAAAGCAAGGCAUCAGAGACAACAGUGAAACUGGGCCUCAAAUGGAUCUUUUGAAUGGAAAAUUUUGUUUGGUGACGACAAAAUGAAUGUUUUGUACGAGCCAACGCAAAGCGCAAAUGAAAAAACUUUAUACUUGUAAGUGAGCAAGGCAGUUUACAAACGUGACUUGGACAAAUGCCCAGCAAGCUGUUGUGAGAAGCUUGUGUAAGGAGACCCACAAAGUCUGGCCCCGCGUUUACAGGGAAUGCUACCAAAUACCAAGGAAGUGCAUGUAAACUUCUGAAUUUGAGAGUAAUAAAAAAAUCAUCUUUUUACAUGAUUAUUUCUCACAUGUUGCUAAUAGAAUGAUUUUAGUAAUUCUCAGUGACCUCAAUUGGCAAUAUUUAGUCUUAUUAAAUGUCUAAAAGUGAGAAAAGGUUUGUCUUUUUACACUGUAUGUAAAUAUAUGGCUUCAACUCUGUGCAAAAAGAAAGCCACGUUUUGGUAUUUUGAAUGAUUGUUACGCCCAAGGCCUUUAAGACAGCUCCACGCAGAGACAAAGUGCACUUACACCUCCCUCAGAGAUCUCAGCUUUGAUGUUGUGAACUUUGAAAAGUGGACCAGUGUUUCUUUCCCUGUGGAGAAUCAUUCCUGCUGUGUCUUUUUCUGACUAUUUGAUAUUUUUAAUAUGGACAAUACGAUGCGUGUUUCACAUGUGUAAUUUUCUGUUUACUGUCACUUAUCGGCCAAACGAAGGGCCGGCUAAGACGGAGCAACAAAACCCAACGCAGUUGAUUGUAUAAUCGAUGAUGUGCGUACAGUGCGAUUGGACAGAGGUUAACCACAACCACAGUUUAUGAGAAAAAUGUGCUGUCCAUAGAUUGGCAUGUCCCAAAAAAAAAAAAGAACUUCAAAGCCUCUGUGAAUGUUUCUUUUCUCUUUCCAAACAGUCAAAAAGCAUCAAAAGCACAGAUACAUAAACAAAUCCAUUUGACAUUACGUGUAUUUAUGCUUUCAGAUUUGGCGUCUUUGAAGUGCUCUCUGCGUGUCCAAUGCAGUUAAGACGGUGCUAAAAAACCAGUGUGUUUGUUUUUUCUUCCCCUCUUUGGCUCAUUCCUGUGUGACAUUGAACAUGCAGCUCAGCACCUGUCCACUGCUUGUCGGUGCAACAAAAACCUGUAAACCGCGUGACGGACGGAGCGGCCCGCGUCCGGCAUCUCUGCUCCUCGAAACGGCUUCCAGCGGAAAGAACCUUGACGUGUCUUAUCCUUUUAGUCUUAACGAAUAGAACGUUUGUAUUUUGUAUUUGAGCUCAGAUAUAAAGCCUUAAGACCAAAUUAUUAGAUGAUACUGACCAACCUGUGAAGGUGACCUGAACCAUGUGGAGCUUAAACGAAACUGGGGGGGCAAGUCCAGUUUACUGAUAACUGACUGACUUUUUUGUACAGUGUAAAUAGUGCCUUACUUUACUCCCCUCUGACCCGUUUUUCUGCUUUUUGACUUUUUUAUUUUGUUUUCCAUUUUUAAUAAACAUAACUUAUACACAUUUGAA